AUGCCAACGAUAAAGGUAGCUUAUAACGACGAGGUUCGGCAGUUUGCCGUCUCGCCCCACUCGACAUGGACAGAGCUCUCCUCCACUCUUCGGGCAAUAUUUUCUAUUCCUCCCUCCACUGCAAUCAGCGUUACCUAUAACGACGAGGAUGGCGACGUGGUCACCAUGUCGUCUGAUUUGGAACUUAGGGAGGUGUUUAAUUCACACGUGUCCGAUAGCGAGUCUAUGAAAUUUACGUUGAACAUAGUCGAGGAAAGUGAACAAGACGAAGAGGACGGUGUUGUUAUUCCGAAUAAUAUCCGUCACAGAAACAGUGUCGGUAGUAGCAGAGAAAGUAGCGUCAGCGAGCUCGGCGAAAGAGGAUGGGUGCUAGAAGGAAUUGAUGGACACGAAAUUGUUGUCAAGAAGGAUAAGGCGGAAGACGAUUUGAGCAGUUGUGACGGGGAAUUCGAAAAUAUUGACGAGGAUAAGAAAUCAGUCGAUAUUGAAUCUAGGUUAGAAAAUGGUGGAUUAUCCCAGGAGCAUACGGAAGAGCGUGCUCCGUUAUUACAUGGUUUGUCUCGGGCUGAAGUCGACGUACCUUCCGAGGAAGAAAAGAAGGAUUUACAUGACAUGGAGAUUCCUCCGUCGUCUCCACCACCCUCCGCUUCAAACUUUAAUCCAUCUCUAGAUGAUCUAACUCAACAACUCCAAUUUCUCGUCAACCAGUUUCAAGAAUUCUUUACUCAAAACCCUCAAAUUAUGGACACCGCCAAUAAAUUGAUACAUGAUGUUGUGGAAUCGGUUAAAGGUGACGUGGAGACUUUUGGUGAAUGGUUGAAGGACAUGAAAAGACAAAUCGAAGAAAACAUCCUCAACGCAACGGAUGUAAAUGUGAAUAGGAACAACGUCAGAAGUACAAGUGAAACCAGCCAACAUGAAUACAUACCAACUUACACUCCACCAGCACGUUCUGAUGCCUGUCGCGAAACUCCAUUCUUGAGUGGAUUACCCGGCAAUAUUCUCAGUUCGCAAUCUACAAAUAACGAGGAACGAUCUGCUGACCAGGCCAAAGAUGAACUUACUCGACAACAUAACCACCCCAAUCUGCCAAGCUCGUUUACCGCUCCUCCCCCACCGCCGCCGCCACCCCCGGUUCCACAACGCACAACACAAGAGGAGCAAGCUUUGCCAGGAACUCUUUCAUACGUACAUGAAAUUUUCGAAAAAGCGGGUCCCCGUGCGGGAAUAAAUAACGGUGCGAACGAAAACACGAAUGAUAACAGGAAUUAUAAUCCGUUCCACAAUUCACACAAGCUCUUCGCAUACCAAACCCCAGAUGGCCAGAUUCAAUGUGGUCGCGGUUCGUUUGGCGAGACAAAGUUUGAUCGCUCGGAAUAUCCAGGAUAUAGUGCUACGUCUUUUAGAACUGUUACCAAAUAUAUGAAUAAUAGAUAUUCUGAGCGUUCGGAGACCGAAGACAGUAACAUCCAAGAUUUUGCUCUUGCGCCUAUUGAUCUUCUUGACGAUAUUCGACUUCUUCGCGAGAUGGGCUUCACCCAACCUACGCGCGAACUUGAAAAUCUGUUCAGGCGUAAUAAUAAUAAUAUUGAUGAAGUUGUUUCUAUUCUGGUUGAGCAGGCUGACAAUCAGCACUAG